AUGCCGAACCAUACUACAAGAGACAAGAUUUUAACAAGCGUUGCGGUUGGGUUUACGUCUGUGAGGGUAGUUAUUGCAGUUGGACUUGGACGUGUUAAUUUUGAUAUUCAAUCUAAAGAUCUGAUUUCUAAUGUAGAUAAACAUUAUAUACCUAUAGAUGAAAUUAUAUAUUGUAUUUUAAUUUACAUAAUUCAUAUUGAUGCGUCAACUGAUCGUUGUCCACAUGGUUAUAUUCGACAAAAGAAAACUUGUACUGGAGUUGCAUAG